AUGGCCGCGCUCCUCGGCCCCGUGUUGUUCAUUUACUUCACAUGUAUAUCUACUGUCCAGACUACUGACUGUCUGCACUUGAGGGAGCAAUGUAUUAAUGCUGGAAAUGGAUGUGAGAGUGUCUGGAAUGUGGUUGAAGAUGCCUGCAAUAUUUCAGGUAAUAGAUGCAAGGCAGAAGACGCUGUUGGAUGUAAUAGAAUAAUCCAGGUCCUGGCUGAUGAAUACCCAGAAUUUAAAAAUUGUGUCUGCACUACGGAUGAUAUCUGUAGCAUCACAACUUUGCUUGGGAAACGGUGCAGCAUUAAUGAAGACGAUUUGGAGUCUUUCUCAAGGCCUGAGGCCGAGCUGAGUGUCGGGGAGCACAGAAGUCCUGCAGAGCCAAGGCACUGGGAGGAGCUGGGGCGCGACUGCGGCGCGGCGAGGCAGCGCUGCCGGCGGGAGCCCCGCUGCUCCGCCGCCUUCCGCAGCUUCCAGCGGGCGUGCCAGGCACCCGCACACACCUGCGGCCUCCCCGCGCCUCCAAAGUGUUUGCCAGCCUGGAAGGAGCUCAGGAAAACAGUCCUGGGAAAGUGCACGUGCUCAGAGCCGCUUCAGGCGAGGUGCAUUAAAAUCUGGAAGGGAAUAUUUAACAACCCUUGCUUACAGUACUCUCAGGAGAGCCUGGCCUCAGGAGCUGGUGGAAAUGAUGGCAGUGAUGAUGACUUUAAUGCUGAUGUUGAUGCUGAGAAAAAUCUGGACACUGACACAGACAAUAUUAGUAUGGAAACAAAAUUACAAUGGGGUUUAUCUGCUCUCUCCAAACAAGUGUACACAACAAACAGGAGCUGUUUGGAUGUGAACAGGGAGUGCGUUGAAGAUGAAGUGUGUAACAAACAGUUGUCCCUGUACCUUAAAGUUUGCUCAGUAAAUAAGUGCAAUGUGGAAGGAUGUCAAGCAGCCAUAAGGUUCUUCUAUGGAAACAUGCCUUUUGAAGUUGCCCAAAUGAUGAUAUUUUGUGACUGUAUCCAGCAUGAUGAAUCCUGCCACAGAGCCAAAGAACUUCUCCAUGGCAAGUCCUGUGCAGUUACUGUAGUUCCACCCCCAUCGUGUCUGAAUGUAAUCCACAUGUGUGAAGACAAUGAAUUGUGCAGGAAAAAAUACACAACUUUUCGAUCAAAGUGUUGGAGACAUGUCACAAAAAAAUGCUAUAGUGAUGAAGCUUGUCUUGAAACUUUAAUCAAGGAUGACAUGCCCUGUUCUGCCAACUCUGAUUGCAAAGCAGCCUAUGUCAACAGCUGGGGAACCAUGCUGCAUAUGGAGUGCACCUGCCAAAAUUUGCCUCCCGUGGAGCAGCCUUUGUGUGAGCUCUUCCAUCACAUGCUGCACAGCAAAUCCUGCUUCAGUGACUUACGUCAAAUUUCUAUUCAGAAGAAAGGUUUUCACUGGGUAAAUACAGAAAUGCCAGGGGAAAAGAUUUCUGGAGCACAGCUCCAUUCUUCUGCAAUUAAUGGUGAAAAUGUCUACAUUAUUGCUUACUCCUCCUGCAUAGCUCUCAUCCUAGGAAUAGUGCUGUUGACUCUCCUAAAGAUCAGAGCCUGCAGAACAAAAUAUGAGUCAAGAAGUCCCUCGCCAGACCAUUCUUCUGAAACAUUUAUGGCCCAUUAUAAAAGUCACAGAUGA